AAUAAGCGUGCAGUUUCAAAACACUCGCGCGUCGAUGUUUUGACAGAGACCGUUAAUGCUAAACCUCUUUCAAACUAACUUACAAGCAACCAAUGCUAAACCUCUAUCAAACUUAUUUACAAGCUUUCAAUAUAGCGAAGUAUUUUUCUGCUUAUGUAACAUCUGAAUUUGGAUCAGUUGACUGCCGUUCUGUACUUUCUGAUUAGCAGUUUGCAGAUAUGCAGUCGUCAAGCUCCAGUCAUCGCUCCUCUGCGCAGCCGCACAACUCGCCAAGAUACGCUUUCAUAGAUUUCUUGGAUGUGGGUCGUGCCGAGACAAUAUCCCAAGAAAUUGCUAAUUUAACAGAGGAUGCGGGACAGGACCUAGACACAGAGGAGAGCAUUGAAAUUGGAUCUAUUCAAGGCACAGUAGUUGGUCUACGAUAUUACAGUGGAGUGGUCAACAGAGGAGAGAUGGUGUCAUUGGUGAGAGAGCCACACAAUCCCUAUGACAGAAACGCAGUGGUGGUUGCCAAUAUAUAUGGUACUCAGGUGGGGCACAUCAAAAAAGAGCUGGCCGCCCCAAUGGCCUAUAUCAUGGACAACAACUUGGCAAGAGUGGAAGGGGUUGUGCCCUAUGGGGAGACAAAUAAAUUCUCAAUGCCUGUAUAUCUCACAUUCUGGGGCAAAGAGGAGAACAGAGAGGCCGUUCACAAUCAGAUGAGACGACAUGGCUACCGACUUGGCACUGACUUAAAAGGUGGCACUGCACAGAAAUCAUUUGGUAGAGAUACAUUAGGAUUACUUGGAUUAUCUUCAAAAAUAUCUGCCAUUCCCUUGACAGCACAAGAGCUGAAAAAUGCCUUUGACAAGCUCUUUGAUGAUUUAAUGGAGGACAAAACGAGAGAAAUGGAACCAGCGGAGGCAGUGUGCACACCAUUGCUCCCACAUCAAAAGCAGGCACUUUCAUGGAUGACCUUACGUGAAAACAGCAGUGAUCUGCCGCCUUUCUGGGAGCAGAAGGGUAGCCUUUACUUUAACGUUCUUACUAACUUUGCUGUUAAGGAGAGGCCAGUGAAAGUGCUAGGUGGAAUUUUGGCUGACGAUAUGGGGCUGGGCAAGACCCUCACCACCAUUGCCCUAAUAGUUUCUAAUUUUCAUAAUGGGAAACCACUGCCUCUUGAAAAAUGUGUAGAAUCAUCCAACCCAUCAACUUCUAGAAAGAAGCCUGCCUCAAAAGGGAAAAGUGAAGUUUUUGAGGAAUUAGUGGAGGCAUCGCCAUUGAAAAGAUUACAUGUUGAUAGUGCCUGUGCUGACAACAUUGUUGAAGAUGCUGAAAAACAAUCACCUCAGAAGAAAGCAAAAACUACAAAGAAAACUAAAAAAUCUGUCAACACAAAAGGAGUGAUUCUGGUGGAUGAUGUCGACUUUGCUGCCGCUUUGGAGUGCAGUUCAUCACAAGUCACGCCCCCAAAAAAGAGCGUAAAGAAGAGGUCUGGCACUAAUAAGAGCUCCUCUGCAGGCAGUGGGGGUUCUGGGGCCAGAGCCACUUUGAUUGUAUGUCCUCUGUCUGUCCUUAGCAACUGGCUGGACCAGUUUGAGCAACAUAUCCGAGCUGAUGUCACUUUGAACGUGUAUCUGUACUACGGUGCCGAGCGCAACCGAUCGGUUAACCUUCUGGCAGGCCAAGAUGUGGUUCUCACAACAUACAAUGUUCUUUCAUCAGAUUACGGAAACAAGGCCAGCAGUCCUCUGCACAAAGUAAACUGGCUCAGGGUGGUGCUGGACGAGGGUCACGUCAUCAGAAACCCCAGUGCUCUUCAGAGCAAAGCAGUCCUGGAGCUCCAGUCAGAGCGCAGAUGGAUUCUGUCUGGAACCCCUAUUCAAAACUCCUUGAAGGAUCUUUAUAUGCUUCUGUCCUUCUUGAAACUGAAGCCUUUUGAUGUAAAGGAGUGGUGGAACAGAAUUAUUCAGAGACCUGUGACCAUGGGCGACAGAGUUGGCCUCCAGAACCUGCAGGCGCUGGUUAAGGGGAUCACACUGAGGCGCACUAAAAGCAGUAAGGUGGCUGGUCGCACGGUGGUGCAGUUACCUGAAAGAAAAGUGUUUGUGCAGCAUGUGACUCUGUCUGAAGAGGAGAGAGAGGAAUAUGAGCAGGUCAAACGGGAUGGCAAGAACAUAAUCGGCAGGUAUUUCCAAGAGGGGACCAUCAUGACAAACUAUGCUGAUGUGUUGGCCAUUCUGGUCCGUCUAAGACAGUAUUGCUGUCACCCCAGUCUUGUGGGAAAAUAUACAGGGGCAGGAGAUCCUGCGACCCCCAGCGAGCUGCGAGAGCGUCUCAUCAAUAAAAUCACAUUGGUGCUGAACUCAGGCUCAGAUGAGGAGUGCGCCAUCUGUUUAGACUCCCUACGUCAGCCUGUCAUCACAUACUGCGCCCACGUCUUCUGCAGACCCUGCAUCUGUGAAGUCAUCCGCUCAGAGAGGGAGCAGGCCAGAUGUCCUUUGUGUCGUGGUCAGAUUAAAACCAAAGAAUUGGUCGAGUAUCCUGGAGAAGAGAAGGAGACUGGAUCAGCUACUGCAGAGAAGUGGCGUUCAAGUUCCAAAGUGAACGCUUUGAUGAGUAACCUGUUGAAGCUCCGGAAUGAAGAUCCCACUGUGAAGAGUCUUGUGGUCUCUCAGUUUACAAAGUUUCUGGAUCUUUUAGAGGUUCCCUUGAGGGAAUACGGAUUCGCUUUCACACGCCUGGAUGGCUCUAUGAAUCAGAAGAGCAGAGCAAAGGCCAUUCAGGAUUUACAAGACCCCACUCCCGGAAGCCCUACCAUCAUGUUACUGUCACUCAAAGCUGGAGGGGUGGGGCUUAAUCUGACCGCUGCUUCCCACGUCUUCCUAAUGGACCCAGCUUGGAAUCCUGCAGCAGAAGAUCAAUGUGUUGACAGAUGUCACCGAUUGGGCCAGAACAGAGAUGUGGUGAUCACUAAGUUUCUUGUUAAAGACUCGGUGGAGGAGAACAUGGUGACGAUUCAGAAGAAGAAGAAAGAGCUUGUGGAGAAGGCAUUUGGAGUAAAAAACCCACAGGACCGCAAACAGGCACGGAUAGAUGAUAUCCGAGCCCUCAUGGAAAUUUAAUUUUACCAACUUCAUGCUAGCCAGUUCAUUUCAAAUACUUUGUUGAAUGUGACACGGUUUUUAGUUAAUACUAAACGUUUGUUUUCUCAGUGCACAUAUCAACAAUGAAACAGUUGUUCAAAGCAUUUUCUUUUUUUACAUUAAAUAACAUUUGUGUAUUCUGUGAAUAAACUUGUUCGAACUACUCAUC